ACAACAAGGGAAAAUAUUUUGGUCCAAUCCGGUUUUAACUGCAAAUCCGGAUUAGCGACCCAAUAGCCCUUGCCCACCCCUCAAGUCCAAGCCCAGACCCCAAAAACCAUCCCACACACUGGCCCCACCCAUUCAAACCAUAAAAAAAAACUAAUGAUAGGCCAUCCUCCUCCCUUUACAGUUUCCAUUCUCCUUUUUCCACACCCCAUUUACAUUUCACAACACUAUCCCAAUCUCAAUCCUCUUCUCUCUUCCUUUCCACCAUGCAAUGAGUGGUAGACAAGGACAAAUUGAAUCAGGACACGAUCCUUCUAUGCCCACCACAUCAAAGAAAAUAAUAGAAGAAGGCCAAGGUCUUGACUCUGAACUGGUGACGAUGACUCCUGAUGAGUCUCCAACGGUUAUGCCAAAGUUAGCUUUCGAUCUCCGAUUACGAUCUCAACGUGAGGCGGCGCCAAGGUUGGGGACCAGGGAGGCAAAGGGCGACGGGGAUCCGGAGAGGAAAGAAGUAGGAGAAGGUAAAGAACUGAGGAGAGAGAGAGAGAGAGAAUAUGGUUGUUUGUAUUGGGGGUGGGACAAGCGAGUGGGGGUGGGGUGAUUUUUAUUUGUUUAAUUUGUUUCCACUGUGGUAGAAAAUUAUUGUUUUACAUUGAAAAAGCCAUUAAAUUGUGUUUGGUUAAAAUCGUAUCAAAUCGGUUCGUAUCCGGUUAUAACCAUUUACAAUCCAAUCUAAUUUAUGGUUUCUAUUUCUUCGAAUACUAGAUCCAUAUUCUCCUUCAUGCCUUAGCCACUCCUCUUGAAUCUUGGAAGGAUUCGAGGUUGAUUUGAUGAAAAAAUCUUCAAAGAAACCUACAAAUUUGUU